CUUCCCGGAACCUGAUUGUUGGAUUUUCCCAGCAUGUAGGGCUCUUUUAAUGAUGGGAGAUUCUCAAGUUUUAAUUUUGAUGGCUUUGUUUACGUGGGUUUUUUUGCUUGAUUCUGUUGUCGUUGUUGUACUUAGUGAUGUGGUGUUGUUUGUUAAAGCGGUGGUCAUUUGGGUUUGAACUUUUUAGUCGUUGGAUUUGAAAUCUGUGGAGGAAUUGGAAAGGGAAAUGAAUCUGCUCCCGUUGCCAUGCAUGUUAAUUGUGUGAGCUUUUAUUGUUGUAAUUUUGAUUUUUGCCGAUUUUGAUGAGAGGAAGGUUAACCUUUAUGGAAUUAUUGGAUAUGUUUCUACUGUAGUACACGCCAAAUUUAUGAGAUUUGUAUUUGGGCCGUUGGAUUUAGCAUUUAUAAGCCCUUUUAGCAGUUGACUAUCCUCUUUUCUGCGUUUCAGUGUAUGAAAACCCCAGUUUAGCUGCCCAAAAGUGAUAACAAUUAAGAGCUUCUGGUUAGGUGUUGUAGUACUUGUAUAAUUUUUAUGGCUGAAGUUAAUAAUUAGAAUGUUGGAGAUGUGACCCUGGAGCCCAUGCUGUGUGCACAAAAGUUAAGGACACCUCCUUUGCAAGUUGCAACAGAUAAAGGCCAUUGCUAUGUUUCCGAUCAUAAUUUAGAAGUAUGAGCAUAAAAGCAAUGAAUUGUGUAAGAUAUAAAUUGACUUUUCAUGCCUGCUUUGUGUUAAUGUGUGCCAGGAGUGGAGCGGUUCACAUUUUGACCAUGACAUGCAUACGUACAAAUAAUCUAUAAGCAUGGUGCUGGUUACCUUUUGAAGAAAUUAUAAAGCAUUACUCCGAAAAUAAUAUAAAUGUAGAACUUUAGCAAUGAUUAUUCAUUAUCAACUUCAUUUUCGCUUUGAGUGUUCAAUGCAUCUGCUGGACUAUCGUGUGAAAUCCACUAGUAUUGUGGAAAAUGAUAAGUUCUAGCCUACGUUUCUUCCUUUUUUAUUUGCUUAAUAAUGUCCUCUACCUUGGUGCCAUGGUUGGAGUUGUCAUCAUGUGGCGUAAACGUCACAAGUUUGACUUGUCGCAAGACCUUUAUUCCUGAUGAAAGAAAAGGACCCAUUCAGAGGAUGUGAUCCCUCCUAAAAACACAGUAACAAACCAUACCUAUCGAUCCUAUAAUACAAUUGCACAAAUUCAAUGAAGGGUAUAAUUUCUCCUGUGCAAAAUGCUAUGCCAUCUCCAACUUUUCUUUGGCGGUUCAAGGUGACACUCUUUCUUAUAUGGGGCCUUACUUGCUGCAAGAUUAGUUGGGAUUCUGUCAUGAGAAUGGAUGCAAAUUUGAGAGAUCUAUUCUUAUAUGAAGCAUUUUUGUAUUACAAUCCUCUUCUUCUUGUGACUAUGAUGGUUUGGCUUUGGGGAGUAAAUUUGUGGGUAUUUCUACAAUCCACUGUAAGCUAUACCAAGGUCUUUGAUCUUGAUCAAAACCACCUUACUCACAGAGAGAUGUGGAAGUGUAGCACUUGGAUGACAAUCAUUGUCCCUACUAGCAUGACUGCUUACCUUUAUCUCUAUUCUCAUGGGGAAGUAUCGCUGGCUGCAUCCCAACCAGUGCUUCUCUACAUUCUUGUUGCAGUAAUCUUCAUCUUUCCCUUUGAUAUUUUCUAUUUGUCCUCUCGAUACUUCUUUUUGAGGACAUUAGUUCGAAUAGCUCUCCCUUUGCAGCCAAUUACAUUUCCAGACUUUUUCGUGGCCGAUAUAUUGACCUCCAUGGCAAAAGUGUUUUCAGAUUUAGAACGUUCAGUUUGCAGAAUGGUAAACAGACAGGUCGCCACAAUUGCUUGGCUUGAAGCUGAUUCAGUUUGUGGUAGUCACUCAGUUGCGAUACCAAUGGCCCUCGUCCUUCCUUAUAUGUGGCGUUUAUUGCAAUGUCUGCGCCAGUACAGAGAUACCAAAGAAAAAAAUUGUCUCUUCAAUGCUUUGAAAUAUUCAACAGCAGUCCCAGUCAUUUUUCUUUCAGCCCUUAAAUACCAUGUUCUCCAUGAGAAAUGGGAAACUCUUUAUCGGCCACUCUGGCUUCUCUCUAGUGUCAUUAAUUCCCUUUAUUCAUUUUACUGGGAUAUAACCAGAGAUUGGGAUUUAAGUGGAUUUUCUCGCAUAUUCAAGUUCAACAAAUCAAGUACAGUCUCCAACAUGUUAUAUGGUCGACAAUGGCUGCAGAUAUACUUCUGGGUGAUUGGAAGCAACUUCGUUCUGCGCUGCUCAUGGACAUACAAAUUAUCAGCUCAUCUCCGCCAUAACUACCUGACAGUGUUUGCCAUCACUCUUAUGGAGAUGUUACGUCGCUUCCAGUGGAUAUUUUUUAGAGUUGAAAACGAGUGGAACAAGAUCACGCGAUCUGGUGUUCAACUCACUGAAAUUCCGAGAGAGGAGGAGAAAUUGCUAGGUUCCAACAUUCAUGAUGUAUAGAAAAUCUCAGUCAACCAAUUUUUGCCAAUAUCUUCAUAUCAGCAACAGGUCUAAUUCAAUUUUUAAGCUAAUAUUAGUUCUAAUCCCAAAAGCAUUUUUCUUCAUGUGUUCCUGGCCCACCAACAUGAGGGAAUUUUCAAUAUGCACAUGCAUGGUUGUCUGAGAAUAGUUAAUUCCAUUGCUAAAGCACCCCGGGCUCGGUCGUUCCUUCUGUAAGUUGUAUCAAUAUGUUUUCUUCUGAAAUGGGAAUAGAUUCUGUCACUGACUCAGCAGUUCAAUGUAAGUGAAGAAGCAAGCCUACGGUUGCAUGCAUAAUUGAAGAGAUUCUUAAAUGAAUAUGUUCACUUAUACAUGAAGAGCUGCAAGAAGUUGUACUUAAGAACAACGGUGGCCAUAAUGGAUGUUGCAUUCAUUUUCCCUUUCUUUUUUGUCGUGGUUCUUUAAAUAGAUCAGCAUUUGUAACGAGAAUGGACACAAAAUAUAUGUUUAUUUGCUACACUCAAUCAAAUCAGGAUACACUUCUAGUACAAAGAAGACUUAAACACAAUUUUCAUUCU